GGUCCACGAUGACCAAGUUGCUCCAGGAUUCUCGCGCCUCCCUAAAACGACUCGCGGCCCGCGCAAGCCGCGAGUUUCAGCAAAUCAAGUUUUGCCCGUCUUCUAGGGACUUACAGCGGCUGAUUCAGUCGAAGAUUGCACGGAUACGUAUCAACAAGUCUCGUGCGAGUCCCAUCGACCGCCUCCCGCCGGAAAUCCUCACUGAAGUCUUCAUUUUUGCGGUCGAGUCUCUUCCUGACGGUGAGAGAAUGCGAAUGGCUAUGACCAUUGCGCGCGUAGACACGUUCUGGCGACUCGUCGCACGCUCCAUCCCACAUCUGUGGACCUCUCUCUUCGUCGAGUCAGCUCACGACAUGAACCGAUACCGCAGCCACUACAUCAAUCUAGCUGGCGACCUCUCACUGCGUGUGCAUUGCGCCACUUCCGCCACGACUCUGCUGUUUCUGCGCGACUUUCCGUCGGAUACCCUUCAUAGAUUCACUUCCAUGCAGCUGGCGAGUCCUGUGGACAUCCGCCGCCCUUGGCCAUAUACGCAACGCCUGAUACACCUAGAGGAACUUACCAUCAACAUCGAUUACCCCAAGCCCCCGCUAAUCUUCGACGAGGGGCGAGAUAUCAUGUCCUUCCUUGCUGCGCCCCAAUUGAGGUCCUUGACCAUCAACAUAAGGGAACUUGGCUUCAACCGGGACUUGUGUUUCAGACACCUUUUCAUAACGCUCACCUCACUGACCAUCGUAACGGACGGUGAUGAGGGGCUGCUCUCCAUGUUCACUGUGCAGAAGCUCUUGCCGCAAUGCAGCCGGUCGCUGGAGAAGAUUGACAUCGACGUCGGGUUCGUGUUUGAUGGGGAUUACCAAGGACAGAUGGACAUCAUGCCCCACUUGGCGUUCAUCCGGAUGGGUCGCAGCGGCUGCGAGCUUCUCCGAUGCAUCGAGGCGCCCAACGUGACGGCCAUGUCCUUCUCAUCUCCCCAUCCCAGCUUCGCGCGCGACCUCCUAUCCUUCUCGUCGAAGGCCCUUCUUCUUUCGCAUCUCCGGCGACUGGAGAUCAAGCAUUGGCGGGGUAACAGCGAGGACGGAGAGCUACUCGCGCAAAGCAUGGGGGCGAUGGGAAAUCUCCACCAGUUGUGUAUCGCGGGUUCCUUCGUACCGCUGGAGCUCGUGCGAGCCUUGACUCUCCUUGAGGAUGCGCCGCCGUUGCUCCCCGAGCUGCGUACCUUAGAGGUUGUGGAUCUGACAAACGAGCACGAGCUACGUGAUGCGCUCCGAGAGUUGUAUGCGUCUCGGAGGGGCAUCGACAUGGUUUUGGGAACGAUGGGCGCGGCACUGUAGGGGAAUUGGCGUCCGGGACCUAACUCAAUAGGGAGAUCUUCAGAAGAGACUUGUGCGCAACCAGUAAGCGCGGGAUGUUAUUCCUCGACGACGAAGAUCAUCUUGGUUCCGCUUGCACCUCGAUUGUGCUCCCGAUGCUGCGAUGGAGAUGACGGACUUACUGGCAACGUGUGCUUGAGAAAAUCGUGACACCUCGGACGUGGCUUAUAGUUGAAUAAAGACCGUCAUAUUGGCGGUAUGGAGUACAUGAUAAAGCGCUACAAAGAGCCUAGUAUGUAUUCGCAAUGUCGAAUACCUGAUCGCACGAGAACCACAGC